UCCUCAAUAGACAUCCACUUCUGUUCCUGUCUUCCUCUUCUUUGUGAGAUCCGGAUUAUCAAUCAAGAUCACACAAAAAUCAGUGAAACCUGACUGAAUUUGCAAAGCCAAUCUUAUGGACAAGGGGAAAGCUGUGAUGGGGUCAGGGAGAAGAUGGGCCGUUGACUUCACUGACAAUUCAACACUCACUUCUUCUCGUGAUAUCCCUGAUCCUCCUGGCUUCUCUCGCGCCUCUCAAGAUCAGGAGGAUUCGGCUGUUACCAAGCAAAAAAAGGAUGCUGAAGCUAAUUGGAAAGCUCAGAAAGCUUGGGAAGUGGCACAAGCCCCCUUCAAGAAUUUACUAAUGAUGGGCUUCAUGAUGUGGAUGGCUGGAAAUACAGUGCAUCUAUUUAGCAUUGGGAUUACAUUUUCGGCUCUUUGGCAGCCCAUAGGAGCUCUUCAAGGAGUUGGGAAGGUUUUCGAGCCUUACAAAGACAGUAAAGUGGAUCUUCUUGUACCUAAGUUAGUCUUUAUUGCCCUAAAUUUGGGUGGUUUAGCAUUGGGUAUUUGGAAGCUUAACACAUUGGGGCUUCUUCCAACACACGCAUCAGACUGGGUUUCAUCCCUGCCCCCUGCUAAGGAGGUCGAAUAUUCAGGUGGUGGUGUUCCUCUGCUCUAAUGUGCUUCUUUGAGAUCAUUUACCUUCUGUGGGCAAGAAGACAACUUGGAACAAAGAACUUCCCAAAGUCAGACCAGAUUUGGAUCUAUUCUUGGGCGUGGCCUGUUACUCGUGGGUGUGGUCACCAUGGACAAUGAUACCAUUUAGAUUGUUUUAAAGUUCUUAAACCAUGUAAACAUUAACAGGAUUGGGUUUGUUGUAAUGCAGAAGUCCCUAUGACAUGCUGUAUAGAUGAUUAUUGAACUUGAGAGGUAAUAGACUAUUAGUCCUUUUUUCCAACACACGCAUCAGACUGGGUUUCAUCCCUACCCCCUGCUAAGGAGGUCGAAUAUUCAGGUGGUGGUGUUCCUCUGCUCUAAUGUGCUUCUUUGAGAUCAUUUACCUUCUGCGGGCAAGAAGACAGGUUGGAACAAAGAACUUCCCAAAGUCAGACCAGAUUUGGAUCUAUUCUUGGGCGUGGCCUGUUACUCGUGGGUGUGGUCACCAUGGACAAUGAUACCAUUUAUAUUGUUUUAAAGUUCUUAAAUCAUGUAGACAUUAACAGGAUUGGGUUUGUUGUAAUGCAGAAGUCCCUAUGACAUACUGUAUAGAUGAUUAUUGAACUUGAGAGUUAAUAGACUAAUAGUCCUUUUUGCUAACACUCAAGUUUAUUAUUUCUAUUAAACAUAAGGUUUUAAGCAGUGCUUGUGACAAA